AUGAAGAUGGACCCCCCCGCCCUGUGGCUGCUGCUGCUGCUGCUGGGGGCCCUGCCCCCUGUUGGCAUGGCGACCUGCCCCCGGCCCUGCUCCUGCCCCCAGCCCGCCGAGCUCCACUGCACCUUCCGCUCCCUCGGCAGCGUCCCGGCCGCCGUGUCCGUGCACGUGCGGCGCAUGAACCUGGGGUUCAACAGUAUCAAUAAGAUCACAGACACAUCGCUGGCCGGUCUGAGGAAGCUGGAGCUCCUGAUGGUCCACGGCAACGACAUCCACAGUCUUCCCCACGGUGUGUUCAGGGACCUCUCUUCUCUCCAGAUGUUGAAAAUGAGCUACAAUAAGCUGAAGGAGAUCCACAGACACACCCUCCAGGGUCUCUGGGCAUUGGCCCGGUUGCACCUGGACCACAACCACCUGGAGUUCAUCCACCCGGACGCCUUCCAGGGCCUCACCGGCCUGCGGCUGCUACAGCUGGAAGGCAAUCGGCUUCAGCAGCUGCACCCGGCCACCUUCUCCACCUUCACCCUGAUGGGCCACUUCCACGUGUCCACCCUGAGGCACUUCUACCUGUCGGACAACAGGCUGACGUCGCUGCCCUCCAGGCUGCUGGCGGCCAUGCCACAGCUGGAGAACCUGUACCUGCACGGGAACCCGUGGGUAUGCGACUGCCACAUGAGGUGGCUCCAUGACUGGGAUCAGACUUCUCCAGGUGUUUUGAAAUGUAAAAAGGACCGGGCCCUCCCCGGUGGCCAGCUGUGCCCCAUGUGCUCCUCUCCUCGGCACCUCCACAACAAAGAGCUCCAGGCUUUGGAGAACCUGGUCUGCAGCACCCCCAUCAUCAGUUCCCCUCACCGGACUUCCCCACCUGAAGAGAGCGAGGUUCUGACCGUGGACGACUUCAGGGAACCGUUUGGGAACAUCACCCUGGGCCUGUCAGACGAACACGGGAACGAGGUGGAUCUGGAGUGUGAUAUCGGCGAACCCAGAGUGCUGACCAAGAUCAACUGGGAGCAAGUCAACCAGCUGGCCUCCAAUAUCACUGUGUCCGUGGAUCUCGAAUGCCCUGUCGACAGAGAAAAGUACGAGCGACUCUGGAGGCUUAUCGCCUACUACAGUGAUGUGCCAGCUCACCUGCAAAGGGGGAUUCUGCUCAGAAGUGAGCCCAACCCAGUCUACGUGUACAGACAGGACUCUGAGAAGGACGCCCAGUACUACACCGGUGUGAAGGUUAACAUCAUGGCCCAGCCCGCGUGGCUGAUGCAGACAUCUGCAAACCUUCAGCUGAACAGACUUCAAUCAACAGCCAAGAUGGUCAAAUUGAUCCUGAGCACGGACUUCUCAGAGACGGUUGAGACGGAGCUCGUGCGGAGACAGAGGCGGACGUGGGUCACGAUUGAGUCAAUAGACACGACUCGCAGUGCGGUGAGUGCUAUCCUGGGGAAUCCAAGCCAAAUGCACUGCAACGUGCACAGCUCUGGCCAACCAGUCAUCCACUGGAUGCUGCCAAACGGCUCGAGGGUGGAGGCCCCAUACAGCAGUCCAGACAACAGGGUGUCUCUGUCCAGUGAUGGACAGCUGGUCAUUAAAGCCGUCAGACACGCAGACACUGGGAUUUACUACUGUAUUGCCAAGGUUCAUGAAGACCUUGCUGUCAUGCCAUUCCGUCUGACAGUGCUGGAAUCUUCGAGCCCUCCCCCAGGGGAGGACACCUCAAUUACACCUCUUGAGGGAUUUGCAGGCCACCCCGUGUCCCUGCCUUGCACAGCAUCUGGUUCUCCUGAUGCUGAAAUUCACUGGAUCCUGCCAAACAGCAACAUAGUUAGUUUCCGAGCUAACUCCUCGAGAGCUUUGGUGUAUUCCAAUGGCACUCUACACAUCCCACGGACUCAGCUAUUGGACAGUGGUCACUAUAAAUGCGUCGCCAUUAAUCAACAUGGUGUGGAUACACUCGCUACAAAAAUCACUUUGGUCCGGCGAAAGGGGCUCAUAAGGCCCUUGAGGAGGUUUCCGACAAGACCUCAGUCAGCGUCAGGGGUAAACACUCAGAUUAACGUCCCCACGGAGGAUACAGAGGAGGCCUCAGGGGACGUUGAGGUUCCUCAGACAGGGGCUCCGACGAGUCGCUCGGAUCCUUUGAGGAAGAGAUUUCCAGGAGGUGUGGCCCCUGGCAGAAGGGGCGUCCAUCCAUCGAGGAAGGGGUGGCGGAGGCCGCCGGUGCUUCGAAAACCAAGAGGACCACAUGUGGAAGACGGGAAGAACACAGUGGAGAGCAGGAGGAAGAUCAAUAUGUCAAAGAGUAAGAUAGACCCAGAGAAAUGGGCGGAUAUUUUGGCGAAGAUUCGGGAUCGAAAUGCUCAGAAUGUCGCAACACCACUCCCGCUUCAGCAUACAACAGAGAGGACGCAGACAGAGAAGGCAACGCAGACACAAGGUACUAUAGAGGGAUCUUCAACUGGCAUGACUGUGCAGGAUUACUUCAUAACACCACAGACUCCAACACAAUAUACACAAAUGACAACAACUGAACAUCCUGCAGAAGGUCAAGGCACAUACGUGAUAUCUGACAGCGACACCACGCAUAAUACCCGCGAUGUGACCUCAAACAGUCAGAACACACACGGCGUACAUGUUGCAGAAGAGCCACACAUGACACAGACUCCAUACAAUGCACAGCACACAGCCCAAGACACACACUUCGAUACGCACACUAGUUCAAACAGUGUGUUUUUCCCCCAGCAGCAGACCACAUCUGUUCCCCUAGACUAUGUCACUUUCUGGCAGGCCAGCACAAACACUCCAAGCAGCAGUACAUUUCCUCCCAAAGAAAACCAGAGCACAAAUACAGACGUUAAUGGAGUCAAAGCAGCUGAUGAAUCCAACGCAUCGGAGAUAAGCGAGAAUAUGGACCGACUGAAUGUCGGUGCCAGCUCCACUAAAGAACUCUCUUCAAGUCAAAUGAUCCCUUCGGUCGGCCCAAAUGAAUCAGAAUCAAGCCAAAUGGGAAAUGGAAAACAUUUGAGUAUAACUGCAACAACAACACAGUUGCAUACUCAUCCAAAGGAAUCUACACUAGAAUCUCAAGCGAUGCUCACACAAGUAUCUCCAACAACUACACCAGUACCCACCAUGACAAGAAGGAGGGGGUCUGAAGGACGGCUCCCCCCUCGCAUUCGACAGCCUCACUCCAGGAGAAGAAGUGGAGUUCGUCGGAAAAAGCCAAACAAAAGGAAACUAAAGCUAAUUAAACCUCCCCAAGUUAUUACCACCAUACCUUCGAACGCUCUCCUAGCAACAGUCACGACCGUUGCUUUCAAACAGCUAAAAAUAGACCCAUUAAAAGUUAAAACAGACCAUCUCUAUACCACUGUUCCAUUCAGCGGCAGCCAAGCGGCGUCAUCAUCAGGCAUACGGAGACAUGCAGAAAGCUCAGUCUCAGGGCAUGACGAUCCGGCAGCCAGAAAACUGUCCUCACUAACAACUUCUCCCCCCGAAACAAGCGGCAGCCAUCAACCCACAGCCAAACCUCAGCUCCAAAGAACAUCACCAUCCUUUCCAACGGCAUCUCCAGAAGUGGGCCGGGGAAAGACCAGUUCUCAAACAGCCCUGAGAACCUCAGGAAGUCCAUCUCCUCCCAAGCUCUCGGAUAUGAUCACGUCAGUCACGGACGGCCCUCUUCCACCUGUUAAACCCUCAGAGGAGGCGCAGCAGCUCAGUGCUACAGGAGACCUUGGACCUAUGGCACGCUCCGGGGAUGUUCUCACUCUAAUGCAAGUGUUAACAGAUGUCGGGCCGACUGAAUCAGACUAUCAAUACACACCCACGGAAAAAGGUGAAAUAAUGCAGUUGAAAGAGACUAAACUCCCUGUUCCACUGCUGCCUCCCCCAUUCGCCUCCGCUGCUUCCUUGACCGAGCAUGAAAUCAAUACGACCUCAGGAUACGCCUCGAGUAGCUUAAUUACAACACUGAGCGUGCCUCCUGACGCAGAAGAUGUUACCUCAAAGAUACCGACACUAUCUGAAAGACCCUCUCAUGAUUUUAGUCAAAAUAAAGCCACAAGCAGUGAGUCCGAGGCAAACACAGGAAAUCACUCUGUGACUCCUUUGACAAGUAUCGCCGUGACAACAACAGUCCCUCCCACUUCAUCGAGGCCUGAUGUUGUGGUGCCACAUGUCACACGACCCGAAACAUUUCCCACAGAAACCCAAACCGGCCCUUUCUUUAGGGCCACCACUCAGGAGGCUCCAAGGAUCAACAUAUUUCCAGACGACCACGGUCAAGACCAACAAACCCAACCCAUCACCACAUCAGAGCCUAUGGGAACGUCAGACCUCCGUCCUGCAACCCAGUCAACUGAACACAAGCUGGCGCCAUUCAUUAGUACAAAUCCAACUUCUCCUGCCCUCAGAUUAACCAGCAAAGCGACCGUCACCAAUGCCCCAACAAUUGCAGCAAUCCAAACUGAACCAUUCAGAGGGGGACUUCCAACAAGCACCCAGGAGGUGUCCAAAAAGCCCCAGCUACCUGGAAGAGGCUCUUUGCCAAGAGGGAAGCCAAGAAUAACUAAGAGCACUUUCCAGACGUUCACUGUGGACGCUGAAACCGAUGCUGAGCUUCCCUGUGGGGCCGAGGGCGAGCCAAUGCCUUUCCUGUCAUGGACUAAAGUUGCCAGUGGGGCAAGUAUUGCUCAGAACACCAGGGUCCAGAGGUUUGAGGUCCAUCCAAAUGGAACAUUAAUCAUCAGAAACACACGGCCGUUGGAUGGGGGCCAGUACCUUUGCACAGUCCAGAACCAGUACGGCACAGACCAGUUGGUGGUCCACCUUGUUGUCCUGUCUCAGCAACCGCGGGUCCUCCAGCCUCGGCACAGAGACGUCGCUGUGCGCCUGGCUGACAAAGUCAAGUUGGAGUGUAGCGUGGAGGGGCACCCUCCGCCUCGAGUCACAUGGGUGCUGCCUAACCAUGUCCACGUAGCAGCCGCCCCGCUCGGUGCUGCCCCUCAACAGCACGUGGCCGUCUUUAGUAACGGAACACUCCAGAUUACCCAGGCCACGUCCACAGACGGAGGGAUCUAUAAGUGCGUCGGCAGCAAUGCAGCUGGGGCCGACUCGGUCUCAGUCCGCCUCUCUGUGUCGGUGUUGCCGCCUGUGAUUCACCAGGCACAGCAUGAGAACACCACUGUCCCAGAGGGCAGCCCCGCAUACAUCCACUGCACUGCCUCAGGGGCCCCUCAGCCAGUCAUCAGCUGGAUGACACCGGACGGCAUGCGGCUCACUGCUUCCCAACUGGUUUCUGGACGCAACCUCGUUGUCUUUCGCAAUGGGACCCUGUACAUCCGGGGAUUGGGCCGGGGCAAUGCUGGGAGGUAUACAUGCUCAGCCAGUAACGCCGUGGCAUCCAGCACGAGAACGGUGGUGUUGAGCACGAGGAGGAAUCCAAACUCCACCAAGGCCAGUAUCACCUUGUCGUCCCCCCAGAGAACAGAAGCAAUCUAUGGGGGGAGGCUGUUGCUCAACUGCGUGGCAACAGGAGGGCCGGUGCCCCGCAUCAUCUGGAGAACACCCUCCAAAAAGCUUGUGGAUGCUCAGUUCAGUUUUGACCCCAGGAUAAAGGUGUUCCCCAAUGGCACCAUCACCAUUCAUUCUGUGACCGACAAGGACAGCGGUGACUACCUGUGUCUGGCACGUAACAAGAUGGGCGACGACUAUGUUCUGCUGCGGGUCGACGUUUUGACCAGACCGGCCAAGAUCGAGCAGAAGCAGCAGAGAUCCAAUCAGGAGGUGGUGUACGGUGGGGACCUGAAGGUGGACUGUGUGGCAUCUGGUCUCCCCAACCCUGAGAUCAGCUGGGCCCUGCCGGACGGCAGCAUGGUCAACCCCAUCAAACGGAGUGCUGUUGUCAGCGGGGGACGCAGUCGCAGGUAUGUGGUGUUUGACAAUGGAACCCUGUACUUCAACCAUGUUGGCAUGCCAGAAGAAGGUGAUUACACCUGCUACGCUGAGAACCAACUGGGCAAGGAUGAGAUGAAGGUUAGAGUCAAGGUCAAGGUUACAACUUCCCCGCCACUAAUCCAGGAUAAAGACCAAAAGCCCGUCAGGGUUUUCUAUGGUGAGACAGUCACACUGAGAUGCAGUGCCAAAGGGGUACCGAAGCCCACCAUCACAUGGAUAUCCCCGACAAAUAGAGUGAUCUCCCCUGCAUUACCAAAAUACCAGGUCCUGGAUGAUGGGACAUUGGUAGUUCAAAAGGUCCAGCGCUUUGAUGGAGGAAACUACACCUGCAUGUCGAGGAACAAUGCAGGACAAGACUAUAAAGUAAUUAAGCUUGAGGUCUUAGUAACAUCUCCAAUAAUCAACGGCGUAAGAGGAACUGCCAACACCAUCAAGGUGGCCGCAGUCGAGGGUCAGCGGAAGCUGGUGGACUGCGUGGCAAAGGGAACUCCCACCCCUCGCAUCAUGUGGGUGCUACCAGGAAACUUGAUCCUACCUGCACCAUACUACAGCAACAGAAUGACAGUACACCAAAACGGUACCUUGGAAAUCCGGUCCGCCAAGAGGACAGAUUCGGGGCAGCUGGCUUGUAUCGCACGUAAUGAAGGAGGAGAGGUCAAAAUGGUGGUCAACUUGGAUGUGAAAGAAGUUGUUGAGAAUCCACAAAUCAGUGGUUCCAGACCAGAUAGCCUUUCACUGACGGUGGGGAAUACAAUGACAUUGAAUUGCUCUCUUGAGGGCUCGAAACUUCCUCCACUCACUUGGAUCUUACCCAACGGCACACCGUUGCAUCGCGGCGCUCGUUUGUUCAAGUUUUUCCACAAGCCCGAUGGCUCUUUGAUCAUCAGCAACCCAUCUGUUGCUGAAGCCGGAAUGUAUCGCUGUCUGGGGCGUAAUUCUCAAGGGCUUGUGGAGCGGACGAUCACCUUGUCCCCGGGGAGAAAGCCGGAGAUGAACAACAGAUAUCGCUCUCCUGUAAGCGUUGUCAAUGGGGAGAGACUUUUGCUUCAUUGUCUAAGCAGUGGCGAACCUCUCCGACUAACAUGGACGAUACCCAGUGGGGUGGUCCUCAACAGGCCACAGAGAGCUGGGCGGUAUGCUGUCCUACCUAAUGGGACACUUGCCAUCCAACAAGUAUCGGUGUACGAUCGGGGUUCCUACAUGUGCAGAGCGGCAAACGAGUAUGGCAGCGCUCAGCUUUCUGCAUCGGUCAUUGUGAUUGCAUACCCUCCUCGAAUUACCAACGGCCCUCCCUCUGUGACUUAUGCGAAACAUGGAGUUGCUGUUCAGUUAAACUGUGUAGCAACUGGGAUCCCAAAAGUGGAGGUAGCAUGGGAAACACCCGAUAAAACCCGCUUGGCUGUCAGUUCGCAGCCACGCCUUUUUGGGAACAAGUACCUGCACCCACAAGGUUCCCUCAUCAUCCAGAACCCGACGCAAAGAGACGCCGGCGUCUAUCGAUGCACGGCUCAGAAUGCAAUCGGCAUAGACUCUAAAGCGACCAUUCUGCAAGUGUUUUGAUGAAUCUCACUUCACGAUGGUCAAUCGACAUACUGGAUUGCCCAAGCAACUGCCGAGAUGAAAGCAGCGGAUGUUUAUAAUGAUCGUAAUGUAAAAAACUGCUGUCACAAUUGUGAAAUAUUGAGGUGAUUCAAACCUUCAGUUGUGCUCUUUAGAGGCAAACAGUUGAUGGUAUUUUCCCGCACCACACUUAACUAUAGACAUAUUUUUUUAUAUUUAUAAUCCACAUCACUGGGAACUAUCAAAGACCUCCAAUUGUGAGAAAUGUUUGCUAAAGAUAGGCUAAUCACGCGAGGAAGCAGAGUACAAUAAUGCCUGUGUGGUGGUGUUUAGCAGAAUUGUUCCCAGUUAUUGCUCAUGCACAGUUGCUGCGGUUCCCUUUUUUUUUUUUGGAUACCAGUUGUUGUGUUUUAAAAUUCAGCUUCAGGAAAAUGGCUUGUGUAGUCCCUUUGUGCAUUCUAUUAUUACACGUUCCUGAAUGAUUUAAAUUUCACCAGCAAAGAUGAAUAAUCCGAGUUACCCGAUUGGUUCUACCCGGGACAAACACCAUAAUAGAAAACUAAAUAAAUUUAAAUAUUUUGACAUUUUGAAAUUUCUAUACAUUUCAAAUCACUCAGGGAGAUGAGACGACGAGUAAAAAAUAGGAUCUCUAUGGUCCUACCAAUACGAGUAAAGUCAACAACAACAAUCAGGUAAAGAUUACUGCUCUUCUGUCCACAGUACUACUACUCUACGAAAUAUACAUAGGUUACACAUAGCUAACGCUUACUUGUCGAACAGUUACUUAAUGGGAAAACAACAUAAUAUGGAAAGAGUUGGUCAUUUUGGACUCACGUAACAAACUGCAUAAUGGCAUCAGACUCCGUCUCCUCAACGGUAGCUUUUCUUUUAUGACAUCGUACAAUUGCUUCUGAGAUUGACAGAAGAAUUGUUUAAUUUAUAUGACGCAUUUUCUAACUAGGAAAUAUUGUUUAACUUAACUAAGGAAUUGAUUAAAAAUAUGCAUCAGGUUGAUAGCAAGAUUUCUAAAGUAGAUGAUUUGUAUAUUCUACACCCAAAGACAUCAGUUGGUAUCCUGUGCUUCCCAUAAAUGUCCAUCUUUAGUAGUUUCUGUGUUUCCAUAACUGCACAUAUUUCAAUAACUGAUGGUUUUUUGCUCUCCGCAGUGAAGCAUUUUUAUUUAUCUGCUUCUUACAAAAAAUGCUGAUUAAUGUUCUAUGUCUUCAAUUGUAAAUUAUUUGUCUUUGACAGACUGGCGCAUCGCAGUAUUCACAUAUUUUAAUAAAACAUUUCCACCUGCUUCUUCGAAGCUCAGAGUAAAAAAAUAAAGAAAAUAAAGUCGUAUUGCUGAGGCAGGGAAAGCAAAAGAUUUGAAGAUGUUGGCUCGAGAAUGUUUUUUCCACUGUACUAUAAAUGACAUCCAUAACUGAGAA